UCCUCUUUCUCUAUCUCUCUCUGCCUAAUAGUCCACCACAGCCAACAGGCCCAGUGUCUCUCUCUCUAAAGCCUAAAGCUACCAAGAGAGAAGAACAUCUCUCUCUCUCUCUCUGAGCCCAAGUUCUCUUUCUGAUUCUUCAAACUCAGAGGUACUCUUUUGGUUGUUUGUUACUUUUGAAGACAUAAAUGGAUGCUAAACCAUUAAUUUGGUCAAUCUGAUUUCAAUUGAAAUCCUUUAGCAUUUUCUGAUGGACUCGAAAAGUAGUGCUAGAUCUCUCUCAAAACAACAUCAGAAAACUUCCGGGAUUCAGACACCUGAGGCGAAAGACCUCAAGUUUUCUUCGCUGUCACUUCAAAAGACAGGGAAAUCUGAGCCUGAAGAUUUGUCUAAGUCUGUACAAAACACAUCGAAGCAGAAUAUCGGCGAGAUUUAUGAAAGUAAGAAGUUUGGUGUUCCGUCUCAAAAGGGUUCUUCUGCUGAUUCAUUGAGUAGUAAAUUCGGUUCUGGUGCUUCCUCAUCCGUUGUUAAUGUGAACACAGGCUCACAAGAAAGCUCUAUCGAUCAAGACAAAAAGACUUCAGAAUAUGGAAGUGUGAAAAACAGUUCUGUUUCUGCGAAAGCUAGUGAUGGUGCCAGCAGUAUUGCGAAGACAAGUGGCAGUGCUAAGAUCAGUGACCGAGCUGAUUUCGUCGAGAGUGGUAAGAGCAGUAUCUGCAGAGGAAGUACAAGCAGCGAUGUGAGUGAUGAGAGUACUUGUAGUAGCUUUAGUAGCAGCGUAAACAAGCCUCACAAAGCAAAUGACAUGAGAUGGGAAGCUAUCCAAGUGGUUAGAACUAGAGAUGGAGCAUUGGGUUUAGGCCACUUCAGACUUUUGAAGAGAUUGGGUUGUGGAGAUAUUGGCAGCGUUUACUUAUCUGAGUUGAGUGGAACUAAAUGUUACUUUGCAAUGAAAGUGAUGGACAAAGGGUCUUUAGCAAGUCGUAAGAAGUUACUUCGUGCUCAGACGGAACGGGAAAUUCUUCAGUCACUUGACCACCCAUUUCUCCCAACUUUGUACACUCAUUUUGAGACGGAGAAAUUUUCGUGCUUGGUGAUGGAAUUCUGCCCGGGUGGAGACCUCCAUACUCUUCGGCAGAAACAACCAGGGAAGCAUUUUCCUGAGCAGGCAGUGAAAUUUUAUGUGGCAGAGGUCCUACUGGCAAUGGAGUACCUACACAUGCUUGGGAUUGUAUACCGUGAUCUUAAGCCAGAAAAUGUUCUUGUUAGGGAUGAUGGACAUAUUAUGCUCUCCGACUUUGACCUUUCCCUCCGAUGUGCUGUUAGUCCAACCCUAGUUAAAUCCUCGUCCAUUGAUUCAGAGCCUUUAAGAAAGAAUACUGGUUACUGUGCUCAGCCUGCGUGUAUUGAGCCGCCAUCCUGCAUUCAACCAUCCUGUGUUGCUCCUACCUCGUGUUUUUCACCUCGGCUCUUUUCUAGCAAAUCAAAGAAAGAACGCAAGGCCAAAACCGAACUUGGCAAUCAAGUCAGUCCUCUACCUGAGCUCAUUGCAGAGCCCACUGACGCUCGCUCUAUGUCGUUUGUUGGAACUCACGAAUACCUGGCACCUGAGAUAAUCAAGGGUGAAGGUCACGGCAGUGCAGUUGAUUGGUGGACUUAUGGAAUCUUUCUAUACGAGUUGUUGUUUGGCAAAACUCCGUUUAAGGGAUCCGGGAACCGAGCCACGCUGUUUAAUGUGGUAGGUCAGCCGCUGCGAUUUCCAGAAGCACCUGUUGUUAGCUUUGCAGCAAGGGAUCUUAUCAGGGGUUUGCUUGUAAAGGAACCUCAGCACAGAUUGGCUUAUAAAAGAGGCGCAACCGAGAUUAAACAACAUCCCUUUUUUGAAGGCGUGAAUUGGGCCUUGAUCCGAUGUGCUACACCACCCGAGAUUCCAAAGGCUGUUGAGUUUGAGAAGAUACCUUCCCCAGCUGCAUCGUCUGCUGGCGAAAAGGCCGUUGUUAACCACAUGUCAACAGCUCCUAAUCAGAAAGGUUCUGACAAUUAUCUGGAGUUUGAUUUCUUUUAGAGAUAUAAGACAAAGACAAUAUAUAUUGAUUGCAAAAAAGAUGGUUUUCUUUUAGAGGUGGGAGGGAACUAUUUUUUUUAAUGUUUCAAGGAACAGAUGAUGAGGAAUUGUAUGUUUGUUUUUGUUGGGUAUUUUCUGUUUCAUAUUUGUAUGGCAUCAUAAUUUAAUGCAUGGCUUCUCUGUCAUCUCAAAGGCAUAAAAACAACAACCAUUUCUCCACUAUCUGCCAAGCUGGCUAAUUGUGGUGAAUGGUGAUGAUAGUGAUGCUCAUUAAGGGCCUAAUGGUAAAAGUAUGCAAUUGUAAGAAA